CCCGGAGCUGUUAUCACAGGAGCAAGUAGCCGUAAUAAGGAAGGAUGUAUCAGAAUCGGCGGCCAAGUGGGGCACAAACAGCACUCGGUGCAGAAAGCAAGACCCACUCAGUCCACUGCGGGCUCUCAGACACUGCCGUGCAGACGAUUCGAAACGCCGAGUGAAAGACGGACACGGAAGUGCUCAGUGCAGAAAAGCGACCACCCCGAGAAAUGUUCGGCUGAAAACGAGUGGCAAGUGCGGGUUUCAGUGCUGUCUCUGGAUUUUUUUGGAAUAAAUUCGCACAAGAUGGUCGGGCUAAAAAUCGUCGACGAACUGCUCAACAAAUCCUUCUACAAGCUGGGCCUGGUGGUGGGCCGCCACCCCGGCUACUUCCUCGUCAUCCCCGUCCUGCUCACCCUCCUCGGCAUGACCGGCUUCCAGCGGAUCCACACCAACAUCGACCCCGAGUACCUCUUCAGCCCCGUCAACGGCGAGGGCAAGAUCGAGCGCGCCAUCGUCGAGAGCUUCUUCAAAGUCAACUACACCACGCGGUUCAACGUCGCCAGGAUAACGAGAGCAGGUCGCUUCGGAAGAGUUAUUGUUACGUCGAAGGAUGGCAACAAGAACCUCCUCCGGACGGUCAUCUGGAAGGAGCUGAGGCUUCUGGACAACAUCAUCCAGAACAUGACAGUGUACCACGAUUUCCAGUACUUUACUUAUAGGGAUAUUUGUGCCAAAUGGAUGUCGGAGUGCUUCCAGAACGACAUCCUCAACCUCGACUACAUCAUGGAUGAGGUCGAAACCGGGGCCCUGAACCUGACCUUCCCCCUCAUGUUCAACCCUGUGACUUGGGACGCUCACGCGUUCCCAGUUUUCUUCGGCGGGACGCAAGUCAGCGAAGACGGACUCAUAAUAAGUGUGCCUUCGGUCCAGCUGGUCUAUUUCGGAAACGCAGACAGCAAAAAGCUGGACGAAAUGGGCUCAGCUUGGGAGGACGCGUUUUUGGACACCGUGGGCAAGGCCCAGGACGACGGGCUGUUCAAACACAUCAGAGUCGCUCGGUUUGCCUCCAGGACGCUCGACCACGAGCUGGAGAAAAACACCAGAUCUGUUAUUCCGUAUUUCACGUCCACCUUCCUGGUCAUGGCGAUUUUUUCAAUUGUGACUUGUAUGAUGACUGAUUGGGUCCGCUCUAAGCCGUGGUUAGGCCUUUUGGGGAAUUUAAGUGCGGCGAUGGCAACUUUGUGCGCUUUCGGCGUCUGCAUGUAUGCCGGAGUUGACUUCAUCGGAAUCAACUUAGCAGCACCUUUUCUAAUGAUUGGCAUAGGUAUUGACGAUACUUUCGUCAUGUUGGCGGCGUGGCGCCGGACUUCGAUCAAAACUCCGGUCCCGGAACGAAUGGCCCUGAUGUUGAGCGAGGCUGCGGUCUCGAUUACCAUAACCUCAGUCACCGAUUUCUUCAGUUUCUGGAUCGGGAUUUUCAGCCCGUUCCCUUCAGUCACAAUCUUCUGCAUCUACUCAGGAGCCGCCACUUGCUUCCUCUUCGUGUGGCACUUGACCUUUUUCGCCGCUUGUGUCGCAAUUUCAGGCUAUUGUGAGCAGAAGAAUCUCCACUCGAUCGCCUGUGUGAAAGUGCAACCGUUAUCAAAGUCACAGCACAGAUGGUGGCUUUACCGCGCCUUCUGCUCCGGGGGGGUGGACCCGGACGACAUGGACAACCCGCUGGACAACCAGGAGCACGGCAUGAUGGUGUUCUUCCGGGACUAUUUCGCGACGUUCCUCAAUAACGGUCUAGUCAAAGUUGUUAUUAUCCUCAUCUUCGGGGUUUAUUUAUUGGGGGCGGGGUACGGGGUCACGCAGAUUGAGGAAGGACUGGAGCGGAGAAAAGUCGCGAAAAAUGAUUCUUACGCAAUCGAAUUCUUCGACCGAGAAGACGACUAUUAUCGCGAAUUUCCCUAUCGAAUACAGGUUGUUGUUGCCGGCGAGUAUGAUUAUUCCGACCCGGAAAUACAGAGACAAGUCGAGAAUCUAACCCAGACUUUCGAAAACACUUCCUAUGUGUCCAAUACGCUGUACACGGAGUCGUGGCUGAGGAGCUUCGUACAGUACGCCGAACGAAACGAGGACUUUUUGAACGUUUCGAUCAAGACGAAAGAAGGGUUUCUGACGGCUCUAAAAGAGUUCUGGCUAGCCCCCACUAGCCCCUUUUCCCUCGACGUAAAAUUCAACGACGCCGGCGAUUCCAUAAUUGGCAUGCGCUUCCUCAUCCAAGCCGUCAACAUCUCCGGCACCGAGCACGAGAAAGAAAUGGUGCGAGCUUUGCGAAAAAUCUGCAAAGAGUCACCACUCAACGUCAGCGUCUUCCACCCUUACUUCGUCUUCUUCGACCAGUUCGAGCUGGUCCGGCCCUUAUCCAUCCAGAACAUGAUAGUGGGGGCCGGGAUAAUGAUGCUGGUCUCGUUUAUCUUCAUCCCGAACAUUUUGUGCUCCUUGUGGGUGGCCUUCAGCAUCCUGUCCAUCGAAGCGGGAGUGGUGGGCUACAUGGCCCUGUGGCACGUCAACCUCGACUCAAUCUCCAUGAUCAACCUCAUAAUGUGCAUAGGGUUCAGUGUUGAUUUCACGGCCCACAUUUGCUACGCUUACAUGUCUUCAACCGCGAAGACACCAGAUGAGAAGGUGAGAGAGUGUCUUUACGCCCUGGGACUCCCGAUUUUCCAAGGGGCUGUUAGCACGAUCCUGGGGAUGAUUGCGCUCCUCCUGGCAAACAACUACAUCUUUGCCGUUUUCUUCAAAAUGGUGUUUCUGGUGGUGUUCUGCGGGGCCAUGCACGGCCUGCUGCUCCUCCCCGUGCUUCUAUCCCUCUUCGGGCCCGGAUCGUGCAUUUCGGGCAAAAAAACCGAAGACAUCAAAAUGUCCAACGUUGAGAAAGCGCUACCGCACCCUUACUGCAUCCCCCACCCGCAAUUCACCCUCAACGGGAGCAACCUGGGCAACAACCUCAAGUGCCAGAAGCUGGAGACUUUGGAGAAAUACACGAAGAAGCCGUUCAAGAACUACGACAUGGAGAAGGACCUGGGGCUGGGCACCUCCGAGGAGAACUCGAGCCAGUCGUCGAGCCACUCGAACAAGAAGCCCCCCGUGGAGGAGGAGAUGAUGGAGAGGAGGUACCGGGAGGCCUGGAGGCGGAAUUCCGACACGCUGAGCCAGUUUCACACGUCGCAGGUUCUGGAUAUCUUCGGGAACGACUCGGAGCGAGAGUACUACCGCAGGUUGGAGGAGAACAGGAGGAGGUUUUAUGAGAAUAAUCCAGAGACGAGGAGGGUCAACGACCAGAGGCACAGGAGGAGGUAUUCGCCCCCAGAGCAGAGAUAUUACAGGAAUCAGGGGCUGGCGAGGUCGAGCUCCUACCACAAUAUCGUUCAUCCGAGGUACAUCCAAGAGCUGAGAUUUCCGUGACUUUUGUGACUUUUAGUGUGAUAAGUUCCGAACUGUUGAUAAAGCUGUCGUGCUGUUGUGCUCAAUGAUCUAGUUUAAGUGUACAGAUACGAUUUUGUAUAAAUUAUUUUUGCAUUAAUACGAAAUAAAUAAGACUAAGAAUGA